CUUCCACAAAUUCACCUCCGAGCAUUCGCUCGUGAAAUUGGACCCUGGAGGAUUUCUUUCGCGAAGCCAACAGAAGUGACUCAGCCAGGAUUCGCCCAAGGGCUCACAGAGGGUUUUUGACCGCGGUUUAAAUACUAACUUAGCUCCUCUAAUCAACCACCCUCUAGAUUUCCUGCCAGUGCUUCCGCCACCAGGCGCCACUUCAACCGCAUUUUACACAGUACAAUUUCUAACCUUUGUGGCUCAAACAUCGGACUCCAUUCAGGAAUAAGCAGAGGAGAUUCCAUGGCUGAGUUCCCUCCAGACGAUGAGCGCAUCGAUGAGUUGACAACGCUGCAAUCCAUAUACCCAGAGCUGGUCCUCGAUUUCGACCAUCCACCGAUACCCACCGCACGUAUCGAACUGCCCGUAGCCCCAGAAAAGCCACUACCCGUGGUUUGCGACUCGGAUUCCUCGGUCCGCAAUCUUUCCCAUCUUCCUCCUCUAAUCAUCGACAUUAUCCUCUCCGAGGGGUAUCCCACUGAACGAGCACCGACCUUCAACCUAACUGCCGACCCACCAUGGCUGCCGGAUAGGGUGCUGGAACAGCUGAUGGAGAAGGGACAUGCGUUGUGGGAGGAGUACGGUGGAAUGCAAAUGCUGUUUGCGUAUCUCAGCUUUUUAGAGGAGUCAGCCAGGACAGCAUUCGGCGCAGCAGAUAGCGCACGCGACGGGGUGCUUAAGCUACCGGAUACCUUGCGGACGCCUAUGCUGGAACUGAACGAGAAACUGGGCAAGGAGCUUUUCGACAAGGGAACAUACGAUUGCGGAAUCUGUCUGGAACCCAAGAAAGGCGGUGCGUGCCAUCGCAUACGUCACUGCGGCCACGUCUUUUGCAAGGCCUGUCUGCAGGACUACUACAACAACUGCAUCAAGGAGGGCGAUGUGAACAAUGUCAAGUGUCUAUCCCCGGAUUGCGGAAAAACUGGCGACGUAAAAGUCGACCGGAAGAAGAAGGACCGGCUGCUCUCCCCGAAAGAGCUCCUACAGAUUCCACUGGAGUUGGAAACGGUAAAACGUUACGCCCAGAUCAAGCGCAAGAAGAAGAUUGAAUCCGAUCCAACCAUCGUCUUCUGCCCUCGCAAAUGGUGUCAGGGCGCCAUGCGCACUGAGAAAUACCCCAAGAUAACAGACGUCAGCCAAAUGGAUGAAUCCGAUAUUGAAGACGGCGAGCCCGUCGCUGCUCCCAAAGCAACAGACCAAGAGAUCAAGUUCCGCGGCGCGCCUAACACAGAUCGUCUAGUCAUUUGCGAAGACUGCAGCCUAGCCUUCUGCAAAGUUUGUCUAGCGCCCUGGCACGGCGAUUUUGAGCGGUGCAUCAACCGCGAACAGAAGGAUUUGACGGAGGAAGAUCAAGCCUCCUUGAACUACAUCCUGAAGAACACGUCGCCCUGCCCUACAUGCUCGGUUCCGUGCUCCAAGUCUUACGGUUGCAAUCACAUGACUUGUUUCCAAUGCAAGACGCACUUCUGCUACCUGUGUGGCGCAUGGCUGCAACCUGAAAACCCGUACGGUCACUUCAACAACAAGAAGAACAAGGCUUGCUUCCAGAGGUUGAUGGAUGGUGCUAUGGGCGAUCAAGCCAAUGGCGAGAUACGAUUCGGUGGCCGGCGUGGAGCGGAGCAGGAGGCGGAAUUUUGGGAACAGGAGGCGCUGCGGAUACAAAUGGAGGAGCUAGGAGGAUAGUCAAUGAGACAGAAAGGGAUCUCCAUGCAUGAUGCAUUAAGGAUUUUUGAGGAUUCGCGAAUUCGGAAAGCGUCGAGACAUGAAGUCCGGUUGGAUGUACAUGUAUGGGGAUUACUCAUGAUGAUGGUGAAGGAUGUUUGCAGUGAUGUACCAUAGCUGGAUGGGAACAUAGCAGCGGGAGUACGAGAGUAACCAGUCGGCAAAGGAUAUACUGGCGUCAUGUCAGAUGAGGAAACGAAAUCAAGACAAUGCUGAACCCUG